AUGGACGAACAAAUCAUAUUUACUACCACCACAGCAGGUACCAUUACCAAUAUCCACUCCUUUGAACAAUCAAAUUUGAGACAGUGUACAGUGAGUGCGCCCAACAGUGCCGUUCAAGUUGGUAACAAGUAUUUAUUUGUAGCACAGGCACAAAAGGCAUUAAUCAACGUCUAUAACAUAUCGGGACCACACAAGAGAGAAUCCAUCGAGCAGAGAUUGCCCCUACCUGAACCAGUGACAUGUUUAGAAGUAGUCAACCAUAAUACCGUAUCCGCAACCACACAGAUCGGCGGCUCCCUACAUAAGUUGCCAGAAUUUAACUUACCUUAUCUGUUGUUAGCUACCACAGAAUCAGGGAAGUUGUACGUAUGGGAAUUGAACUCAGGGAUCCUAUUGAAUGUGAAACCAAUGGCUCAUUAUCAGAGUAUAACAAAGAUAAAAUCAAUAAUGCAGGGGAAAUAUAUAAUCACAUCAGGGGCGGAUUCUCGUGUUAUUAUUUGGCAAACUAUGGAUUUGGUAUCAUCUGAAGAUCCUAAACCCAUCGCUAUCCUACAUGACCAUACGUUACCCGUUACAGAUUUCCAAGUAUCUUCCUCUAGAGGUCAAUUUUUAGCCAAUUCUUCUAUUAAAUUGUUUACCGCUUCAAAGGAUUCUACAAUUAGAUGUUAUAACCUAAGAAUGAUGGCUACCAAGGCAUCAAGGAAGAAGGAUAAUAAUAAUAACAAUGAUGAUGAAACGUUAAGUAAACCAAAAUUGAUUGCCACAUUCUCACUACCGUUCCCCAUCACAUCAAUCUGUUUGGACCCUGCUGAUAGAGUUUGUUACUUGGGUACAAAUGAUGGUUGCUUCUCCCUAGAUUUAUUCUACUCUUUGAAGGGAAACAAGAAAAUUAUAAAUUUGAUCCAAGCAAGUGGUGAAGAUGAUAAAACAAGAAUAUUCUCAUUAGUGGAAAACUCUCUCCAGGAACAACAAGAUGCCACGGCGUUGUACUCUAUGGGUCAAUUGUUGAUGCAAAGAAUUGCAGAUCUGCAUGUGACCAAAUUGGAAAUAUCAAUGGAUGGAACUAUAUUAAUCAUUGGUGAUUCCAUGGGGAGAGUAUCCAUAACAGAAAUUUUCUCCAAGCAAAUUUUAAAGACUUUACAAUCUCUAACGACGGGUCAAGUAUCCAAUGGACCCGUUACUAACAUAUUGCAUGAUAUUCAAUUCAAUGAUAACAAGAAUCAACUGGUUGGAAUCACUUCCAAAUCCAGUUCCGCUCACUCGUCAAAUGCUUUAAAGAUUCCAAGUUUACAAAGAGUCAUUUAUGAUAAGAAUGAACAUGGUCAAUUACACGAUAUUUGGUUCCAAGUGGGUGAAACAGUGAAUAGCGGCGAAAUAAGUAAUCCAUUAUCUAAUUUCGACCAAUAUUUAGAUAAUUUGAAAUCUCAAGAAUUUAUUUUCACAAAGAGCACUGGAAUGGUCAGCGAUGUUAAAGUGGAGCUUCCAUCAACUGCUCAAGAUAAGAAGAUAAUAGUGGAUGAAUCCUCUAAGGAUAAGGAAAUAUCAGAAUUGAAAGAUAAUGUCGAAGCCUUAACAAAUGCUUACAAAGAAUUAAGAACCAUGCAUGAAAAGUUGUAUGAAGAACAUGAACAACUGACCAAGAAGUAA